AGUAAAGCCUUCACCUUUAAGAACGCCCGAACAAAAAAAGUAAUUGCAAGGCUGCUAAUGUUUCAUGGUUUGUCUUACUAGUUACAAGUCCCUCUUUCAAGUUUCAACCGUAAACGCAAAUGGUCUCCUUUUCUUUUUUCUUUUUGGUUCCAAGAAAGUUGUUAUUCAUCCUAGGUUGGAUAUAGCAUCUCAGGAGUAGAGGGAGGAGGAGAGGGAAGAGAAGAGAAAAGAUAAAAACAGAGGUCUGGGAGGAAAGCCCGGCAAAAACAGAUUAUUUUAGGUAAUGUGUAGGAUGAUGGCUGAUGGGGUCCAAAACCAAGAGGGUAUACCAGAGAAUUUUAAAGAGCGGCUUGCUGUUGCAGUGAGGAGUAUCCAAUGGAGCUAUGCAAUCUUCUGGUCAAUGUCAACUAGCCAACAAGGGAUACUUGAAUGGGGUGAUGGAUACUACAAUGGUGAUAUUAAGACAAGGAAGACAGUUCAGGCCAUGGAACUUCAAGCUGAUAAAAUCGGUCUACAGAGAAGUGAGCAAUUGAGAGAGCUUUAUGGGUCUCUUUUGGAAGACGAAACCGAUCAGCAAGCAAAGAGGCCUUCUGCUGCAUUGUCCCCAGAAGAUCUUUCAGAUGCAGAAUGGUAUUACUUGGUUUGCAUGUCCUUCGUGUUCAAUCCUGGGCAAUGUUUGCCAGGAAAAGCAUUAGCAAAUUGUCAACCAAUCUGGUUAUGCAAUGCUCAAUAUGCUGAAAGCAAAGUAUUCUCUCGUUCUUUGCUAGCAAAGAGUGCAUCCAUUCAGACUGUGGUGUGUUUUCCCCAUCUGGGAGGUGUGAUUGAGCUAGGUGUAACUGAGCGGGUCUUGGAAGAUCCUACUCUCAUUCAACACAUCAAAACUUGCUUGUUAGAGCUCUCAAAGCCCAUUUGCUUUGAGAAAACUUGUUCUGGUCCAUGUAACACAGAUGAUGAUAAGGACCCCAUGUAUGCCAACAUCAAUCAUGAGACAGCCAGCAUAAUGGUUUUGGGGAAUUUUUAUUCCCCAGAAGAAGAAAUUGAAUUUGAUCAGGACAGGAUUAAUGAGUUGCAUGGGAAUAUUCAUGAACCCAAUAUGGGUUCCCCUAAUGAAUGUUCAAAUGGCUGUGAGCAAAAUAAUGUGACAGAGGAUUCCUUCAUGCUUGAAGGUAUUAAUGGCGGGGCUUCUCAGGUUCAGAGCUGGCAUUUCAUGGAUGAUGAUUUCAGCAAUGGUGCUCAAGAUUCCAUAAAUUCUAGUGAUUGCAUAUCCCAAGCUUUUGUGAAUCAAGAGAAUGGCAUAUCUUCUCCUAAGGUUGAGAAGCAAAACAGCCUACAAUUGAAAGAUCUUCAAGAGUGCAAUCAUACAAAACUCAACUCCUUGGAUCUUGGAACUAAUGAUGACUUGCAUUACAGAAGAACUCUUUCUACCAUUCUUAAAAGUUCAAAUGGAUUGAUUGAACACCCAUGUUUCUGCACUAGCUAUUGCAAAUCCUGCUUUGUAAGUUGGAAGAAAGGAGGAACAAUUGAUGGUCAUAGGCCACAUGUGGGGCAAACAGUGCUAAAGAAGAUUUUAUUUUCUGUCCCCCGUAUGCAUCGUGAUGGCUCUCCUUGUUCACAAAAAGAAACUGGUGGAAAAGAUUUCCUUUGUGGGAAUGAGAAUGAUAAAUUUCUCGUCCUUAAAUCAAUGGUACCAUCUGUCAGCAAGAUUGACAAAGCCUCCAUCCUUCAUGACACAAUAGAAUAUUUGAAAGAACUUGAGGCAAAAGUGGAAGAGUUGGAAUCUUGCAUGGACUUGACAGAGUAUGAUGGUAAAUCGAGAAGGAAAUUUUCUGACCAGGUAGAGCAGAUAUCGGAUAACUAUGAUGACAGAAAGAUUGAAAAUAGCAAGAAGCAUUGGGUAAACAAGAGGAAAGCUAGUGACAUUGAUGAAAUAGAACCACAGCUCAACAAAAUUGUUCCUGCUGAUGGCCUGCCAUUGGAUAUGAAAGUCAGCAUCAAAGAGCAGGAGGUUCUGAUUGAGAUGAGAUGUCCUUGGAGAGAAUAUUUGUUGCUUGAUAUAAUGGAUGCUAUAAACAAUCUGCACUUGGAUGCUCACUCAGUUCAAUCAUCUAACAUCAAUGACAUUCUCAAUUUAACCCUCAAUUCUAAGUUUCGAGGAACAGCAGUUGCUUCAGCAGGAAUGAUCGAACAAGCACUCUGGAAAAUUGUAAGUAAGUGCUGAAGGUGGAUUGAUGCCAACUACCUCCUUGUAUUUGUUGGAUUUCAGUAGUUUGUAAGAGUUGGUUUCUUAGCAGUUGUGUAAUGGGUCGUAAUGAGCUGUUCAAUGAUGUCAUAAUUUUAACACAGUACUUAAUUAUCUGCCCAACCCUAAAACUUGCUUAUGGGCUUCACUAGAAACCUACUUCAGCGAUGAAUAACCAUUUCUUUCAGUGUAAGAUACCACUAUCUCGCAUCAUUCAAUAUGUCAACGAGUAUUUCGAUC